AUGGGCAGCAUUUCUCCUUACAACCUCGACCCCGCGCAGUACAAGUUUCCCUCCCCACUGAACGGCUGGGAGAAGCAUACACCUCUGUCGGAAUCUAAAACACAGGAUGGAAAAAGUUACGACAGUCCCGACAAUAGUGUCCUUAGUGAUGCUUACGAGCACUUUGUGGCGCCAAUUUCGAACGGUGGCCGUCAUGACUCUCAGCUGCCAGGGUUUGACGUGCACGUAUACUUCAAUCCCGUAAUUACCCCCUGGGCGCCUGAUGCAGAUGGACUUGCUAAUAGGCCACCAGCACGACAAAUCUCAAGUAAGCUAUGCACAGGACUUGUGGACGCGAAUCCGUCUAGAAUGUACGCGCAUCCAAUCCCCGACUAUAUCCACGUCUAG